CCCCCCAUGAACAACAUCAAACCCAACCACAACCCCUCUCGCCAAGAAUGUAAGACACGCCCCAAUCAUCAUAUUAUCCCUUCCACCACCACCACCCCUUCCACACGCCCUCAACGCGAUACCCUUGAGGGAUCGACACUCCGAAACAUACCACAACCAGCACCAGCACCAGCACCGUAGCAUACAUAUGUACACCUCAUCCUCGUUGGCCUCGCUCGCUCCCUCCCUCUUUUCUCUUUCCCCGUGAGCAACCCAUCCAACAACAACCACCACCGACAAAUCUAACCCAAAUCUAACAGCCUCCCCCCCCCCAAAAAUGAAAUUCUCCAUCGCGGUCGUCGCCUCCGUCCUCGUCGCCAUGGGCGUGGCGAUGCCGAUUCCCUCCACGAGCAAGGCUCCCCGCAUGGACGGGGCGGAUCUGUUCAGCAUGAUCGAAGGCAUGGGCGGGCUGGACGGGGUGUUGAAGAGUAUCCAGAUCUCUUCGCCGUUGAAUUCGGCAUUGGGGCAAUAGAUUGAUGGAUUAGAUUGUUCGGAAUAUAGGGUUGGUGGUGGUAUGUCUGGAGAAUGGACGGGGGAUUACCGGGUAGGGUAUGGUGUGGCGAUGAGUCAAUGAAUCUUCAUUAUUCAAAGUGCGAGCAUC